GCCGAAAGAGAAGUAGCACAAGUUGCCCGUGAGCCGACACCAAAGCCAACGCCGUUAGCGGAAAAGUCCUCGCCUUCUCUCUCUCUCUCUUCCGGAUCAAAUGACUCCCUUCUUUGAUUUGAGCUGAGUCUUCUUCAAACGGGAAACAUUUCCUCAUUAUUCCGAUUCGUAAACUAUGGAGGAGGAGAAAGGUGCCGUUGCGCAGAGCUUAAUCGAUGUAGUGACCGAGAUUGCGUCUGUUUCCGAUUACCGUAUAACGGUGAAGAAGCUAUGCAGCAAUCUAGCGAGGAGGUUGAAGCUGCUUGUCCCGAUGUUCGAGGAGAUUAGAGAAAGCAACGAUCCCAUCAGUGAAGAUACGUUGGGGACGCUGGUCUCCUUGAAAGAAGCCUUGAGCUCAGCCAAGGAUCAUCUCAAAUUCUGCAGCGGAGGGAGCAAGAUCUAUCUGGUCAUGGAGAGAGAACAAGUGACGAGUAAGCUGCUGGAGGUUUCCGUUCAGCUAGAACAAUCUUUAAGUAAGAUUCCUUAUGAGGAUCUUGACAUAUCUGAUGAAGUUAAAGAACAGGUUGAGCUGGUUCUCAGUCAGUUUCGGCGAGCCAAAGGAAGAGUAGAUGCAUCAGACGAUGAGCUAUAUCAAGAUCUUCACUCAUUGUGUAUCAAAAGCAGUGAUGUGGAUGAUCACCAGCCUGCCCUGCAGCGGGUUGCAAACAAGCUACAGCUGAUGGAGAUUCCUGACCUAGCUCAAGAAUCAGUUGCUCUGCACGAAAUGGUUGCGUUGAGCGGUGGUGAAAACAAUGAAGAGAUGGCAAUGGUGCUGAAGCUGAUUAAGGAUUUUGUGCAGAUGGAGACUGACAACAGCGAGGACCAGAAAGUAGGGGUUAGCAAUGGACAAACUUCCACGGCUGCGUGUCAGAAGAUACCCCCCGUGAUUCCCGAUGAUUUUCGCUGCCCAAUAUCUCUGGAAAUGAUGAGAGAUCCAGUUAUUGUUUCAACAGGGCAGACCUACGAACGCACCUGCAUUGAGAAGUGGAUAGAAGCUGGGCACUCGACAUGUCCUAAAACACAGCAGGCGCUAACAAGCACAACGCUCACACCUAACUAUGUUCUCCGUAGUCUCAUAGCUCAGUGGUGCGAGGCUAAUGACAUUGAGCCUCCAAAACCUCCUAGCAGUUUUAGGCCCAGGAAAGUAUCGUCCUUCUCGUCCCCGGCAGAGGCAAACAAGAUCGAAGAUCUUAUGUGGAGACUCGCUUACGGAAACCCAGAGGACCAAAGAUCUGCAGCUGGCGAGAUCCGCCUCCUUGCAAAACGAAAUGCAGACAACCGUGUGGCCAUAGCCGAAGCUGGAGCCAUACCUCUUCUCGUCGGCCUCCUCGCAACUCCUGAUUCUCGUAUCCAAGAACAUUCUGUCACAGCUCUUCUGAACCUCUCCAUAUGUGAGAACAACAAAGGAGCCAUUGUUUCUGCUGGAGCUAUCCCUGGUAUAGUUCAAGUUCUCAAGAAAGGAAGCAUGGAGGCUAGAGAGAAUGCGGCUGCUACGCUUUUUAGUCUCUCGGUGAUUGACGAAAACAAAGUCACUAUCGGUGCCUUGGGAGCAAUCCCACCGCUCGUUGUGCUGCUUAACGAAGGCACACAUAGAGGCAAGAAAGACGCUGCUACUGCACUUUUCAACCUCUGCAUUUACCAAGGAAACAAAGGAAAGGCCAUACGAGCAGGAGUGAUUCCCACCUUGACUAGACUCUUAACAGAGCCCGGAAGCGGAAUGGUCGAUGAGGCGCUGGCGAUUCUGGCCAUUCUCGCUAGCCAUCCCGAAGGGAAAUCGAUCAUAGGAUCACUGGACGCAGUCCCGAGCCUGGUGGAGUUUAUCAGAACGGGUUCCCCUAGAAACAGAGAGAACGCAGCUGCGGUUCUAGUUCAUCUCAGCUCUACUGAUCCACAACAUCUGGUGGAAGCUCAGAAACUCGGCCUUAUGGGUCCAUUGAUAGAUUUAGCCGGAAACGGGACAGAUAGAGGGAAAAGAAAAGCAGCCCAGUUGCUUGAACGUAUAAGCCGUCUAGCUGAACAGCAGAAGGAGACAGCUGCUCAUGUACAAACCAAAGAAGAAGCUGAACCAACAGAUUCAGCAUCCACCACAGAAGCUGCUGACACUUGAAAAAAACUAUGGUCAUUUCUCCUACUUACGUCUGUUAUUAUUCCCACUUUCUUUUUUAUUCUCCUUCGAGGUAGGCGUCACUGUGGACGGCAGAAGCAGUCCGGUGAUACCUCUGCAAGGACGCAGCAAUCCGGACCUGAGGAGAGAAAAGCAAAUAUGCAUACAUAGACGUCAACUUGUAUCAUUGUAAACUUAAAUGUUUGUAAUCAACUCCACGGGCUUUUUUUUUUUGUUUUGGUUUAAAUACAAGAUCUCUGUUCACUUUCCAAAUUGCAUUACUAAGAGAUGCUUAUUGA